AUAAUUUUAAAACCGACAACAUGGCAGGUUUAGAAGAAGAAGACAAUUUUGAUGAGGAAAAUUUCCAGGAUACGUCCUUGCUCACCUUUCCACCUGAUGUCCAGGGUGUUCUUGAUGAAAUACUUCCAAGUGAUGAUCCCAUUGAUAGACCAGACUUUAAUCCAGUGGAUUACAUCAAUCAGUUGUUCCCUACAGAGCAGUCGUUGUCAAACAUCGAUGAGGUUGUUGGAAAGAUAAGAUACAAAAUAAGGCACCUGGACACAGACAUCCGAAGUGUGGUGCGGGGCCAGACCAACGUUGGGGAAGAAGGAAGAGGGGCACUAGAGGAGGCACAACGCGCCAUUCAUGAUCUGUUCACGAAAAUCAAGGACAUUAAAGACAAAGCUGAAAAGUCAGAAGAAAUGGUAAAAGAAAUCACGAGGGACAUUAAGCAGUUGGACCAUGCCAAGCGUCACCUGACCGCCUCCAUCACCACCCUGAACCAUCUGCACAUGCUUGUAGGCGGCGUUGAGUCCCUCACGUCUCUCACAAGGAAGCGUCAGUACUUUGAUGUGGCCAAUCUCCUUCAGGGUGUACUCAAUGUCCUGGAACACUUCCAGCCCUACAUGGCCAUACCCCAGAUCAAGGAGCUGGCGGACAGAGUGAGGCAGAUACAGACAGAAUUGGGCGGACAGAUCAUAUCAGACUUCGAAGAAGCAUUCCAGGGGUCUGGGGCAAAGUACGGCCCUGGUAACCAACGUCAGUUGAAGGAGGCAUGUUUUGUCGUAAACAUUCUCGACCCUAAAGUGAAGCGCGACCUGCUGACCUGGUUUGUCAAGCUGCAGCUGACUGAAUACCUUGUGCUGUUUGGGGAGAAUCAGGAUGUAGCAUGGCUGGACAAGAUAGACCGGCGCUAUGCAUGGAUCAAGAGGACCCUGGUGGACUUCGAGGAGAAGUUUGGACACCUGUUCCCAGUAGACUGGGAAGUCAGUGAGCGAAUCUGUGUUGAGUUCUGUGAUUUAACCAGGAAGGAGUUACAAAAGAUAAUGGGCAAGAGAAGGAUUGAAAUCGAUGUGAAGUUGUUGCUAUUUGCCAUACAGAGAACAACCAACUUUGAGACUCUCAUAUCUAAACGUUUCACUGGCGUCACUAUUCAAACAGCUGAAGUGAAGCCGGUCCCUAGCAAGCAGGCCCCUGCUCGGAAACCCUUUGGGGACCAGGGCUACCCGGAGGGCAGCAAUCCCUUUGAGGAGGAGGAGGCCCCCAGUGGGGAAAACACUGAGGAACAGAAGACAGCGACCAAAGCUGUUGCCUCACCGUUUAUAGGCAUCAUCUCAAAGUGUUUUGAGGCCCACCUGGACGUCUAUAUAGAAUCACAGGACAGAAACCUAGCCGAUCUGUUGACGAGAUUCCUUGAGGAUUUCCGCCAGUAUGGCACGCCGAGGAUCGAGUCAGAGGAGGGCAGCAACGUGUUGCCUAGCAGUGCCGACCUGUUUGUUUGCUACAAGAAGUGCGUCGUCCAGUGCUCACAGCUCUCCACAGGGCAGCCCAUGGUUGACCUUACGAGAACAUUCCAGAAAUAUCUCAAAGAGUACUCCGUCCGCAUCUUGCUCAAUAAUCUGCCCAAGAUGUCAAGCCAGAGCAGCAACAUCACAUCAGCCUCAGGCCUCAUCCAGUCGAUCCUGAAGGAAGGGGAGGUAAGCAAGCUGACAGAGGAAGAGCAGUGUCGAGCCUGCGCGAUCCUGUGCACCGCUGAGUACUGCAUGGAGACUACACACCAGCUGGAGGAGAAACUAAGGGAGAAAGUAGACGGGGAGCUGGUGGCCAAGAUUGACCUGAAUGCUGAGCAGGAUCUCUUUCAUAAUGUGAUAUCCAACUGUAUAAACAUCUUGGUCCAAGAUUUGGAGACUUCCUGCGAGCCUGCCCUGGCAGCAAUGAGCAAGAUGUCCUGGUCGUCAGUAGAGGCGGUGGGGGACCAGAGUGGCUAUGUGACCGCCAUCACGGGGCACCUGAAGACUGCUCUGCCCCUCAUCAGGGACAACCUGUCAUCUUCACGCAAAUACUUCACACAGUUCUGUAUCAAGUUUGCCAAUGUCUUCAUUCCUAAAUUUAUUGGCAGCCUGUACAAAUGCAAAUCUGUUACUCCAGUCGCAGCCGAACAGUUGCUAUUGGACACACAUUCCCUGAAGACCAUUCUUCUAGAUCUGCCAUCUUUAGGGUCCAGCAUAUCUAGGAAGGCUCCAGCUAGUUACAUCAAAAUUGUACAAAAAGGAAUGACCAAAGCUGAAAUGCUUCUGAAGGUGAUGAUGUCACACCAUGAGCCUGCCAAGGUGUUCAUUGACAACUACCUGCGUCUCCUCUCUGAUUCUCCUGACAUUGGAGAGUUCCAAAAGGUCUUAGAAAUGAAAGGUAUGAAACAUUACUAA